AUGGGCCCUAUCAGUGGAAGAUAUCUGCAUUGGGCUGUCACAGCCGCCAGCUGUCAGGCCUUCCUUCUCCUGGGAUAUGAUCAGGGUGUGAUGAGUGGACUUGUUGGUGCGGAUAAUGAAUUUGGAAAGCAAUUCGGUCACCCGGAUGCGACUAUGCAAGGCAUCUUGACCUCAAUUUAUGACAUUGGCUGCGCAGUCGGGUGUUUAUUUGCCUUCGUUUUCGGUCAUCGUCUCGGGCGGAAAAAUAUGAUUAUUGCCGGCGGUUCCAUCAUGGUAAUCGGAACUAUCAUUCUCGGCUCCUCAUACUCUACUGCCCAGUUCCUCGUUGGCAGAGUCGUCACCGGGCUCGGGAAUGGAAUCAAUAGCAGCACGGUACCAACAUACCAGAGUGAAAUGGCACGACCUGAGCUACGUGGUAGGCUGCUUUCCGCGCAAGGUACAGUAACCAUCGUCGGACUCUGCAUCGCCUAUUGGUUGGAUUACGGCCUCAGCUUCGUCGAUUCUCCUGUGCAGUGGCGAUUCCCAAUCAGCUUUCAGGCAUUCUUUGCGGUUUGCCUAGUACUACAAAUGAUUCCCCUACCCGAUACCCCUCGCUGGCUAUGUGAACAGGAUCGCAGCGAGGAGGCAGCAUCUGUUCUGGCUCGUCUUCAGAUGGAGCAGCCUGCAAACGAGUCCACACCUGAGGUGAUUCUUCUCCGUCGCCAGAUCGAAACAUCUCUUGAGAUCGAAUCUGCCGGUGGACCCUUCAAAUAUAGAGAGCUUCUCUCCGGAGGCAAGAUGCAGAAUCUUCGUCGCAUGAUUCUUGCUGCCUUGAUUAACGUGCAGCAACAGUUCACUGGCUCCAACAUGAUCAAUUACUACGCACCUAUCGUCUACCAGAAUGCCAUGCAUCUCUCCCGCAACUUAUCGCUGAUCCUUGGAGGAUGUACCUCCCUUGCCUACUUGGCCGGCUCAUUCAUUCCCCUGUGGAGUAUGGAUCGCUUCGGUCGCAGAACAUCACUUAUGGUUUCCGCUGCUGGACUCUGCACCUGCUUUGUCCUCACGGCUAUCUUGUUAUCGAUCGGAACGACAUCAUGCGCAUAUGCUGCGACCGUUUUUGUUUUCGUUUUCCAAUUAUUCCUUGGCAUUGGGUACUUGCCUGUACCUUGGUUCUAUCCUAGCGAAAUCACUACGACUCGUAUUCGUGCACGCGGUCAAGCCUUCGGAGGAUUUGUGAAUUGGAUGUGUGUCUUCAUUGUGGUCCAAGUAACGCCUACCGCAAUUGAGAACAUUUCAUGGCGAACUUUCAUUAUUUUUGCUUGCUUUUGUGCUGCAUGGAUCCCCAUGGUAUACUUCUUCUUCCCCGAAACCAAGGGGCUGGAACUGGAGGAUGUCGACCAUCUCUUCGAGAAGGGUGGAAUAACCGGAGGCGUUUUCGAAUCUCGUGGUUACCCUGUUCUGCCCGGUCACCACCGCACAGUCAAUACCGAGGUUAUUGAGAAGCCCAUUCAACCCGGGGAAGCUGGAAUGCACGUUGAAACUGUUUAG